AAAUGGCGUCAGUACAGCCGUAUAUGUAUGAACCGGAGUCCGAUCCUGAAAGUGAGAAGGACCGUGAUGGACCUGAUCCACCGUCCCAAACUAGACUAGAGCAGGCGGUUUCAGAGUGGUGCACGUGUGGAAACUGCGCAGUCAUGCCUACCGAAGUGGAAAACGUCUGUUGCAGGGAAAUUAGAAAGGUUGUAACACGAAUGAAGCAAGUCCCAGAACCUAUUGUGUGCAUGGUUGACCACCCCGGACUAGAGCCAAACUGUCUUAAUCCAUACACCCUGCAGAACCUCCAUAACAUUUAUAGAUUUGAUUAUGGACCUUUGAGGCGUAGAACGGAAGAAGAGCGUUUCCAGCAUCUUGCCUAUCGCAGCUUUGUAAGCUGGUGCUGGGGCUUUUUAGGACGAGGCAUCAGAGUGGUCAUUCCGUCGUGUGUUGUCCGCCGGAUACGCCAGGAGUUUCCUGAUCUGGCUGGACAGUAUGUUGGCUUCCGACCGCCCCUCGACUGAAACGUGAGACAUGGCGGGCUACCACUUCCUCCUUUGAGGGCCUGUCAAAUUGAGUGGACAGGUCCUUUGGGAUGGUGAUUUUAUUCAUCUCCUCCACAAAGGGUGUUGGGUCCUCAAAGACUUCUUCAAACACCAGCCUCAUCAGCUCACCCACAUACACUGAAAAAUAUAACAUUCAUAUAAUAAUUUAUUAUUUGUAUUCAGUUAUUCAUUUUUCUUUUAUUCCGUCAUUGUACAAAUAAUUCAGUGUGGCUAUCGCUCUAGGUCGUCCUCAGACGAGCCCUCCAUCGUCGCUUCCAGUCAUCCCGGUUCUCCAUACAUCUGGCCAGUUCAUUGGUGCUAUAAUCAUUUCAAAUGUAAGUUAUGUUUGUAAUAAAAACACAAAUAUUUGACAACU